AUGUUGUAUUGCUGUGAGCCACUCAUUACAGCCACAGAGGUGACUCUCAAACCACUCGAGAAGACACACAACCAAGCAUUACGACUAAUUACUGGAGGCAUAAAAUCAACACCCAUUGAUGCAAUGCUCCUAGUUACAGAAAGCACCACAAUAGGUUCCCUUAUCAAAGAAAAGGCCUUGAUCCUGUAUGAGAAGCUACUGCGCAUUCCCAUGGACAAGUUCUUCAGCACCUAUGAGAAUAGACCAAGACACCUGAAAACGCAAUCUGGUCUAAUACAGAAAGCCAUAGAACUGAAGAAAGCAUUACAAAUCGAUGGCAAACCAAAAAGCCUCUCUCCCCCCAUGAACCCAUUAGCAGACAUUGAUGUAGUUGACACACUUGCUAAGAAGGGGACAACGAUUUUGCAAUGCAUGGACCGGCCGAUGUCUUUCCACACAAUGAAGGCCUUAAUCAGGAGAGAAUUCCAGACCUCAAGGUGCAACAAAAUUAAAGCUCGAACAAAGGAGAAGCAGUGGACAGUGGCAAUCUCCGACAUACCCGACUGGCCAAGAAUCGAAGCCGUUUCUGAGUUUAGACUACGUACCGGACACGAUUGCUUGGCAAAACACCUUCACAGAUUGGGAUUAUACACUCACCCUAUGUAA